AUGCCUCCUUCCGAAGUGUCAUCGGCAGAAGAUGUUGAAAAGCGAGUUCCUGAGCAGAAGGUCGCUUCUGGGGAUACCGCCGAGGGCUUCGUCUCCGCUAGCCACAACCCCGAGUAUGACCGAUACCUCGAGCUUCAUCGUGAGUUUGAAGGUGCUGGACGAAAGAGACUCUUGAAGAAGCUUGACUGGCGUCUGCUCCCAACUCUUAGUUUCUUGUACCUCAUGUGCUCCCUUGACAAGAGCAAUGCAGGCAAUGCCAAGCUCUUCGGUUUCCUGGAAGAUGUCGGCAUGACUCCAACUCAAUUUAACCUGGCGCUGAUGUACCUCUUCUUCACCUACGGCCUCUGCGAACCUGUCUCCAACGUCAUGCUGCGUCGCUUGGGACCAAAGAUCUGGUUUCCUUGCAUUGUUGUCGCGUGGGGUCUCGUUACUACUUUGACGUGCCUUGUUCAAAAUUAUGGUUCCUAUGUCGUGAUUCGCCUCGUGCUGGGCAUGACCGAGGCAGGUCUCUACCCUGGCUCGUACUUUAUUCUCAGCAUGUGGUAUACUCCCAAGGAGAUUGCCACUAGAAUGGCUAUCUUCUACGGUGCCAAUACCGCUGCGGGCGCAUUCGGCGGUGUCAUCGCCUACGGAGUCGGCAACCUCGACGGAGCUCAUGGAUGGAAGGCCUGGAAGUGGCUCUUCCUUAUUGAGGGAGUCAUCACUAUCGUCGCAGGCUUGAUGACCUACAUGUUCCUACCUCACUUCCCACAUCAAUACGACCACAAGACCAAGUCGAAGUGGCUCUCCGCCUCGGAGCUCGAAUACGCCCAACUCCGAGUCAAGUAUGCCUCCGGCCCCGACGCCCCGACCUACGUCUUCCGCUGGAGCGACGUCCUCGCUGCCGCCAAGGACCGCAAGACAUACCUAAUGAUGAUGUUGUUCUGGUGGGGCGGAUCCGUGCCGACCUACUCGCUUUCCUAUACCCUGCCCACCAUGGUCAAGAACCUGGGCUACACAGCCGUCAAGGCGCAGGCACUCACUACCCCGCCGUACAUUUUUGCUACCUGCGUCUGCGUCUUUGUCGGCUGGAUGAGCGAUCGUUACCAGCGCCGCUUCUUUAGCAUAAUGAGCUGCUACUGCCUGGGCCUCAUCGGCGUCAUCAUCCUCUGGGUCACCGUUCAUUAUAAGAACCUCUACGGAGUGAGCUAUUUUGCCAUUUUCCUGGCUGCGGCUGGGUACUCGGCCCAAGCACCUAUCGUCGGAGCCUGGACCUCGGUCAAUGUGCCUAACCCUUCCAAGCGAGCUGCUGCUAUUGGUCUUCUGAUGCUGUUCGGUUCGUUCGGGGGUGGCAGUAUCGGCAGCAACAUUUACCUGGCGUCGGAGGCUCCGACCUAUCCUCUGGGGUUUGGCUUCUCGAUUGGUGCGACUGUGCUUGGCGCCAUGAUUCCGGCGACUAUCCACUGGUUCCUGAUGCGAAGAGAGAACAAGAGGCGGGACGCCAUGAACAUUGAUGAGAUUCAAGCUCGCCACACACCAGCCGAGCUGAGCGAGAUGGGCGAGAACUCUCCCCUCUUUCGGUUCACACUGUGA